CAAUAAUCAGCUGAUUUGCCAUAACAACACAUUUUGUAGCUGACAUUUAAGAGCAACAUAUAAAAACUAACUUUAUGAAAUAGAAAUGUUACGAAGUUUAAAAAUAGGAAAGAGGCUAAACAAAGUGUUCUUAUUUUAUCGGAAAAACUCAACUCUGACAACAGCCCAUAACACAGGGAAUGUAUACGAUUGUAUAGUGAUAGGAGGUGGUCAUGCCGGUACAGAAGCAUGUGCGGCGGCGGCCAGAAUGAAUGCACGGACUUUGUUGAUUACACACAAACUGGAUACAAUUGGAGAAAUGUCAUGUAAUCCAUCCUUUGGUGGAAUCGGAAAGGGACAUUUGAUGCGCGAAGUCGAUGCAUUGGAUGGAUUAUGCGCACGUUGUUGUGACGUUUCUGGGGUGCAGUAUAAAAUUUUAAAUCGAAGACGUGGACCUGCUGUCUGGGGACCACGGGCGCAAAUCGAUCGUAAACUGUAUAAGGAAGCUGUGCAAAAAGAAUUAUUCAAUAUGACAGACUUAGAAAUACGUAGCGCAGCAGUGGAUGAUUUGUUUAUAGAUGCAGCAGACGAUGGAAAAACGCAAUAUUGCAAAGGUGUAGUACUCCAAAGUGGUGAAAUUGUAUAUAGUCACACCGUCAUAUUGACCACAGGAACAUUUUUGCGAGCAAACAUCAACAUAGGACUUGAAGUGCGACCUGCAGGGAGAAUAGGCGAUGAGCCGGCAAUGGCAUUGGGUCAAUCACUGGAAACAAUAGGAUUUCGAAUGGGACGUUUAAAAACGGGUACUCCUCCGCGCAUUGCCAAAGAUUCCAUUGAUUACGAUCGAAUAACUCGUCAUUCGGGUGAUAAUCCACCAAUACCAUUUUCUUUUUUGAAUGACAGAGUUUGGAUUGAGGCAGACCAACAAAUGCCAUGCUACCUAACGCAUACAACAUUACGUGUUAAUGAUAUUGUGAAAAAAAACUUGCAUGUAAACCGUCAUGUGACUGAAGAAAUUACAGGUCCCCGGUACUGUCCAUCUAUCGAGUCAAAAGUAUUACGAUUUGGUGAAAAGGAACAUCAAAUCUGGCUGGAACCAGAGGGGUUCGAAAGUAAAUUAAUCUACCCACAGGGACUCUCAUGUACGCUGCCAUACGAACAACAAGUGGAAUUAGUACAUAGCAUUCACGGCUUAGAAAAAGCUAAAGUGGAACAACCUGGUUAUGGUGUAGAAUAUGAUUUUAUUGAUCCGCGUGAACUUUUUCCCACGCUGGAAACGAAACGGGUGGAAAAUCUGUUUUUUGCUGGACAAAUAAACGGCACUACUGGUUAUGAAGAGGCAGCAGCGCAAGGUAUAAUUGCCGGUGCCAAUGCGGCUAGCAAAGCAAAAUAUGCAUACAACGCUGAAACUGAAAACAAUAAACUCCACCAACUGAAAAUUAGUCGAACUGAAGGUUAUAUUGGCGUACUCAUUGAUGAUCUAACAACUUUGGGUACAAAUGAGCCGUAUCGUAUGUUUACUAGUCGCGCUGAAUUUCGUCUCUCACUACGACCAGAUAAUGCAGAUUUACGUCUAACAGAAAAAGGCUACAACAUUGGUGUAGUCAGCGAAAAACGUUUUAAAAUUUUUAAGGAUACAGAACAAAAACUAUAUCUUGCCAUUGAACAACUGAAAUCUCUGCAACAACAUUCCAAUUAUUGGCGACGUAAGCUUGGCAUACGCGAGGCAAAAGCUUCAGUGGAAAAAAGCGCAUUCGAUAUGCUUGGCAUUCCGGCAGAUAAUAUAACGUUGACACAAAUGAUAGAACUGCAACCAGAAGUUUUGGGUUGGUUACGAAACGAGCGUGUGAUAUGUGAACGCUUAAAAAUCGAAGCGUUGUACGCCUAUUUUGUGACUGAACAGCAGCGUGACGUCGAAGAUGUACGGCGCGAAGAAGGUUUACCAAUACCAGUUGAUAUUGACUACUUCGCCAAAACGUUAAGCCUUUCGAAUGAGGAACGACAAAAGUUGGCUUUGAUACAACCGCAGACUAUAGCAGCAGCGAGUCGUAUACAGGGUGUGACACCCGCAACUAUUGUCCGUUUGCUGAAAUAUGUAAAACGUGGCCCAGGUGCGGCGCAAGUGAUAGAUGCAUAAAACGAGAGUCAUGGCGAAAGAAAAACGAAUGUUAGUAUAGUCUAGUUUAACCAAAAUUUAGCACAAAUUAUAUCGUCAAACGAAUCAAAAAUAAA